GCGGAGUGGUGCAGUUGUUGAAGCGGGGGUACUGCGGCAGCCGGUUGAGCCGCGGAGGAGGAUCAAGAGCUGGAAAAGGAGGCAGUGCGGCUCGUUCGUCUCACCGGUCUUUCACCGCAAGCAUCAGAGAGCAAAGGAAGGGAAGCGGCUCCCUGCGUGAUGCUCCGCUUGAGACUGCAACAUUUCAUUUGAAAAAACCGUCAAACAAGAGAGGGAGAGUGAAGCCUGACCUUUUUCUAAAAGGAGAGGCAUUUUGAUAUACUAGCCUAAUUCAAAUCGAGGGGCUGACACCUCUCAAGCCGUGCAUCACCUGAGAGGAGCAGAAGUGACUGCGCCAACAUGGGGUAUGGAAGGUCAGACAGUUACCGCGUUGCCACCACACAGGACAAAGAUGACCGAUCCCCCAAGAAGAAGAAGGGGGGGAACAAGGACAUGGACGACCUGAAGAAAGAAGUGCCCAUUACGGAACACAAGAUGUCCGUUGAGGAAUGUUGCAGGAAAUUCCAGACCGACAUCGUCCAGGGAUUGACCAAUGCCAAGGCAGCAGAGUUUCUGCUCAGGGAUGGUCCCAAUGCUCUCACCCCUCCACCCACCACCCCGGAGUGGAUCAAGUUCUGUCGCCAACUCUUUGGUGGAUUCUCUGUCUUGCUGUGGACUGGCGCCAUCCUCUGUUUUCUGGCCUAUGCCAUCCAGGCAGCCACUGAGGACGAGCCUGCAGGCGACAAUUUGUACCUAGGUAUUGUGCUCACAGCUGUCGUCGUCAUCACUGGUUGCUUCUCAUAUUUCCAAGAAGCCAAGAGCUCCAAAAUCAUGGAAUCUUUCAAGAACAUGGUCCCUCAGCAAGCACUGGUGAUCCGUGAAGGUGAGAAGGUGCAGAUUAACGCUGAAGAAGUGGUGGCCGGAGAUCUGAUUGAAGUGAAGGGAGGAGACAGGAUCCCCGCUGACAUCAGGGUGGUUUCAGCUCAUGGUUGCAAGGUGGAUAACUCCUCCUUGACAGGAGAAUCUGAACCUCAAAACAGGUCACCCGACUGUACCCAUGACAACCCCUUGGAGACCCGAAACGUUGCUUUCUUCUCAACCAACUGUGUGGAAGGGACCGCGCGUGGUAUUGUCAUCUACACCGGAGACCGCACAGUCAUGGGUCGCAUUGCUACUCUGGCCUCUGGCCUGGAUACUGGCAAAACACCCAUCGCCAAGGAGAUCGAGCACUUCAUCCACAUCAUCACAGGCGUGGCCGUCUUCCUGGGUAUCACCUUUUUCAUUCUGGCCAUCAUCUUGGGUUACUCCUGGCUGGAGGCUGUCAUCUUCCUUAUCGGCAUCAUCGUGGCUAAUGUGCCUGAGGGUCUGCUGGCCACGGUCACUGUAUGUCUUACUCUGACUGCCAAACGCAUGGCUAAGAAGAACUGCCUUGUAAAGAACUUAGAAGCUGUGGAAACCCUGGGCUCCACCUCCACCAUCUGCUCUGACAAGACAGGCACCCUGACCCAGAACAGGAUGACUGUGGCACAUAUGUGGUUUGACAAUCAGAUCCAUGAGGCUGACACCACCGAGGACCAGUCAGGUGCUUCCUUUGACAAGAGCUCAUUGACAUGGCAGGGUCUAUCUCGCAUCGCCUCUCUGUGUAACCGUGCCCAGUUCAAAGCGGGACAAGAUUCCAUUGCCAUCCUGAAACGAGACGUUGCUGGUGAUGCCUCAGAGUCGGCCCUGCUUAAAUGUAUCGAGCUGUGCUGCGGAUCCGUCAGGGCGAUGAGGGAUAGGAACAAGAAAGUGGCUGAGAUCCCCUUCAACUCCACCAACAAAUACCAGCUAUCAGUACAUGAGACAGAAGACACCAACGACAACCGCUAUCUGCUGGUGAUGAAGGGAGCCCCUGAGAGGAUCCUGGACCGCUGUUCAACCAUCAUGCUGCAGGGCAAGGAGCAACCCAUGGACGAAGAGAUGAAAGAGGCUUUCAAUAACGCUUACAUGGAACUGGGAGGACUGGGAGAGCGAGUACUGGGUUUCUGCCACGUGCUCCUCCCAGAAGACCAGUACCCCAAGGGGUUUGCUUUUGACACAGAUGAUGUCAACUUCCAGACAGACAACCUUUGCUUUGUUGGCCUCAUGUCCAUGAUUGACCCCCCUCGUGCUGCUGUGCCUGAUGCUGUUGGAAAAUGCCGUUCUGCUGGUAUCAAGGUUAUUAUGGUCACUGGUGAUCACCCAAUCACGGCCAAGGCCAUCGCCAAAGGAGUGGGAAUCAUCUCAGAGGGCAAUGAGACCGUUGAGGACAUCGCAGCUCGUCUUAACAUACCUGUCAGCCAGGUCAACCCAAGGGAUGCCAAAGCCUGUGUAAUCCAUGGCUCCGACCUAAAGGAUCUCGCCCAGGAUCAGAUAGACGACAUCCUGAGAAACCACACAGAGAUUGUGUUUGCAAGGACCUCCCCACAGCAGAAACUCAUCAUUGUAGAGGGAUGCCAGCGACAGGGUGCCAUUGUCGCUGUGACAGGUGAUGGUGUGAAUGACUCCCCUGCUCUGAAAAAGGCUGACAUUGGUGUUGCCAUGGGAAUCUCAGGCUCCGAUGUGUCCAAACAGGCUGCCGACAUGAUCUUAUUGGAUGACAAUUUCGCCUCUAUCGUCACUGGAGUGGAAGAAGGUCGCUUGAUCUUUGAUAACCUCAAGAAGUCCAUUGCCUACACAUUGACCAGCAACAUCCCAGAAAUCACUCCCUUCCUGUUCUUCAUCAUUGUCAACAUCCCUCUGCCCCUGGGAACCAUCACCAUCCUCUGUAUUGACUUGGGAACUGACAUGGUUCCAGCCAUCUCCCUGGCUUAUGAAGCAGCUGAGAGCGACAUCAUGAAACGCCAGCCCAGGAACCCAGCCAGGGACAAGCUGGUGAAUGAGAGGCUUAUCAGUAUUGCCUAUGGACAAAUUGGUAUGAUUCAGGCUCUGGGAGGUUUCUUCACCUACUUUGUAAUCUUGGCUGAAAACGGUUUCCUGCCCAGUAAACUGGUUGGCCUCAGGAUCAACUGGGACGACCGCAGUAUGAAUGACCUGGAAGACAGUUACGGACAGGAAUGGACAUACGAACAGAGGAAGAUCGUGGAGUUCACAUGUCACACUGCCUUCUUUGCCAGUAUUGUCGUCGUGCAGUGGGCUGAUGUCAUUGUCUGCAAGACCAGGCGUAACUCUGUGUUCCAGCAGGGCAUGAAGAACAAGAUUUUGAUCUUUGGUCUGUUUGAAGAGACAGCCCUGGCUGCCUUCCUGUCCUACUGCCCCGGCAUGGAUGUGGCACUUAGGAUGUAUCCUCUAAAACCUACCUGGUGGUUCUGUGCAGUACCCUACAGUUUUCUCAUCUUUGUUUAUGAUGAAAUUCGCAAACUUCUUCUCCGCCGCAACCCUGGAGGUUGGGUGGAAAAGGAGACGUACUAUUGAUCAAUGGAGCACCUUUGCUCAAGCCCCUUACUUCUUUCCACUCAUUUCCCCCUUCUGCCACUCCAUCCUUGGCAAGACACAUCUCCAGAUGCCCCUCCCCUUUAAAGACAAAAACCGCUUUGAAGCAAUUUUCAUCACAACUGCCCCAAAGAUUAAAAACAGCAAAAGCACCUUUACAACUUUCUACAUUGACCUGUCCCUUCUCUCCCCAUCUCCUAUGAUACUACUUGCAUGUGUUCUCUCACUGCUGUGUACUUAAACCAAUAUAUCUACCAAACGGCAGCUGCAUAUUGUGUAUGUAGAUAUGAAUGAGCUGAAGAUACAAAGGGAGUGUCAAAGCUCUGCAAAAAAAGGCCAUCCAGCUCCUUUUCCUCGCUGUUCCUCCCCUUCUCUCUGCCCCCUGCUGUCUUUCCGUACACCUUUCUUUUCCCUCCCCUUUCCUUAUCCCUCAACCCUUUGCUUGUCCCCCAAUCACACACAGAUAAUAAGAUCACACGGUGUGAUCCCACCACCAACAACACCUUGACUGCCACCUCUCGCCUCCGUCUCCUGUUUGUGGAGGACCAGCAGAGUGGUCAUCUCCCUGAUGUUCUCACUGCGUCUCAUUUUCCUUCUCUUCUGUUGUCUACGGCCACAGUGUUAUUGUUUUUUUAAAUACGGGGUGAGGGGGUGGUUUUAAUUUAAUUGUCUUUUUUUAUUAUUAUUAUUUCUUAUAUGGGAGAGAAGAUGUGUGAGAGCUGCUUUCCCCUCAUUUAGGCUUAACAAAGCACAUCCCAUGGCUUCCUGUCCUCCCUGUCUCCCUCUCCUGUCUCUCACACCCCUCCCCUCCCUUCCCCUCCCGCCCCGUUUGUCUCUGUUUGUGUGCACAGUGUGAACCAUUGACCUUGUUAAUAACUGUUACAGUACACCCCCCACCCUCAAAGUUGGAAAAGACAACUCAAUCUCUCUGUGUGCUGUAGGAAAUCUAUAUAAUUCUAUACUGAAUUUAAAUGAAACAAUAAAAACAUGUUGAAAGACAAUGCAAAAGAGACAUUCAUGAAGAUCAUCAUCGAUGCUGGUGAGAUAGAAAAAAAAAAGUGAGAAUAUCGUUCUCUCUUUUUGUAUUUUAUUUGGUUUCAGUUAUUUUUGCUGGUUUCUCAGGAGGCUAUGCUAAAGUGUAACAGCAAAGCAGGUUUCAGGUUGUGUUUAUACCAAAAGGCUUCAGGUUCCUGUCACUGCAUCCAUGCAGGUGUGAUGUGGUGAAGUAUGCUGUGAUGGGGUGAGUGAUGACGAUGAGUCCAUGUGCCUGGGGUCUAUUACCGGAGCUUAUUAGUCCUGAUAUUGACCAGUCCGGCCCAGGUCUGUGUGCAUGUAUGUGUAGGAGACCAGUGAAAGGCCAGCAGUGUCAGCUGGAUCCAUCUGAGACGGCUGAAAGGGUUGAGAAUGAUGAAAAAAUACACAACGAAUAGAAAAUGUGUGUGUCAAAUAAAUGAAACCAACACCAAUAAAACAUCUAGAACAUUUAAUACAA